CCGGAGUUUGACUCAGUCGCCGGGACCAGCGGAGAGUUUACCGGAGAGGAGCAGCGGCUGUCUGCGGACCUGCAGGCGGAGCGGAGCGGGUUCGGGACUGAGCUCGGACCGCGAGGAGAGGGAUCCCGCUGCGGUUUCCACAGCAGGAUGAAAGCUCAGUUCUGAACAUCACCUCAGUAUGACAUCAUCAGGCCCUGCCCUAUCCUCUCUCCCCCUCCACCAUCAUCAUCAUCCUUAUUACCUUCAUAUCUUCUUCUGCACUUUCUACCAACACCAUCUGUGGCCCCGCCUCCUGCUAUCUCUCUGCCUCUGGACUGGUGGGCAAGUGGUCCAGGUGAGCGCUUCUCACCAGCACUUCCACCCCCACUCCAUAAAGAUACCAGGUGACAUCACUCUGGGCGGGCUGUUCCCCAUCCAUGCCCGCGGACCCCACGGUGUAAACUGCGGGGAGCUGAAGAAGGAAAAGGGGAUCCACCGCAUGGAGGCCAUGCUGUACGCUCUGGACCAGAUUAACAGCGACCCUGAGCUGCUGCCAAAUAUCACACUUGGGGCCCGGAUCCUGGACACCUGCUCCAGAGACACCUACGCUCUGGAACAGUCACUCACCUUUGUUCAGGCUCUUAUCCAGAAAGACACAUCCGACAUUCGCUGCUCCAAUGGCGAGCCGCCCAUCAUCCGUAAGCCGGAGAGGGUGGUGGGAGUGAUCGGAGCAUCAGCCAGCUCUGUGUCGAUCAUGGUGGCCAACAUCCUGCGGCUUUUUGAGAUCCCUCAGGUGAGCUAUGCAUCCACAGCUCCAGAGCUCAGUGAUAACAACCGGUACGACUACUUCUCCAGGGUGGUUCCUCCGGACUCGUACCAGGCUCAGGCCAUGCUGGACAUCGUCAAAGCCCUGGGCUGGAACUACGUGUCCACCCUUGCCUCAGAGGGUAACUAUGGAGAGAGCGGAGUUGACGCCUUCAUGCAGAUCUCCAGAGAGGCUGGUGGGGUGUGUAUCGCUCAGUCGGUGAAGAUUCCUCGCGAGCCAACAGCUGGAGAGUUUGACAAGAUCAUCAAACGUCUGAUGGAGACGAGUAAUGCCAGAGGCGUGAUCAUUUUUGCCAAUGAGGAUGACAUCAAGCGUGUCCUUGAGGCAGCAAAACGUGCUAACCUGACGGGCCACUUCCUGUUUGUGGGGUCAGACAGCUGGGGUGCGAAAAGCUCACCGGUCACUGAGCUGGAGGAUGUUGCCGAGGGUGCAGUCACCAUCCUGCCAAAGCGGGCUUCAAUUGACGGGUUUGAUCAGUACUUCAUGACUCGCUCCCUGGAGAACAACCGCAGGAACAUCUGGUUUGCUGAGUUCUGGGAAGACGAUUUCAGGUGUAAACUGACCCGGCCUGGAAUCAAACUGGACCCCGAUAAGAAGAAAUGUACAGGUGACGAGAGGAUCGGACGGGACUCGCUCUACGAGCAGGAAGGAAAGGUUCAGUUUGUAAUCGAUGCGGUCUACGCCAUGGCUCACGCUCUGCACAACAUGCACCAGGAUCUGUGUCCCGGCAGCUCCGGAGUCUGCAACAACAUGGACCCUGUGGAGGGACAAGUGCUGCUCAACUACAUCAGAACCGUCAACUUCAAUGGAAGUGCUGGUACAAGUGUUUUGUUCAACGAGAACGGAGACGCUCCCGGACGCUAUGACAUCUUCCAGUUUCAGAUGACCAAUCACAGCCACCCUGGCUACCAUGUCAUCGGCCAGUGGACCAACAAUUUGAGACUCAAUCUGGAGGAGAUGCAGUGGUCUGGAGGGGAUAGAUCCGUUCCAGAGUCCAUCUGUAGUUUUCCUUGUAAACCAGGAGAAAGGAAGAAGAUGGUGAAGGGCGUUCCUUGCUGCUGGCACUGUGAGCUGUGUGAUGGGUAUCAGUACCAACUGGAUGAGUUUAACUGUGAGACCUGUCCGUCAGACAUGCGGCCGGUCCCCAACCGAACCGCCUGCCGUCCCACUCCGAUCAUCAAACUGGAGUGGAACUCUCCCUGGGCCCUAGUGCCUGCCUCUCUCGCUAUGCUCGGUAUCCUGGCAACCAGCGCUGUGGUUAUCACCUUCAUCCGUUUCAAUGACACGCCCAUUGUCAGGGCGUCAGGGAGGGAGCUCAGCUAUGUACUGCUGACAGGUAUCUUCCUGAUCUACCUGAUCACCUUCCUGAUGAUUGCGGAGCCAGGUGUGGUAGUUUGUGCAUUCCGGCGCCUCCUGCUGGGCCUCGGCAUGGCCAUCACCUACUCUGCCAUGCUGACCAAAACCAACCGCAUCUACCGCAUCUUUGAACAGGGCAAGAGAUCGGUGACCCCGCCCAAAUUCAUCAGCCCUACGUCCCAGCUAGUCAUCACCUUCAUCCUCAUCUCUGUCCAGGUCCUCGGUGUGUUUGUGUGGUUUGGCGUCGUCCCCCCUCACACCAUUAUCGAUUAUGACGAGCUCCGCCCUCCGAACCCUGACCUGGCCCGGGGCAUCCUGAAGUGUGACAUGUCUGACUUGUCAAUCAUCUGCUGCCUCAGCUACAGCAUCGUUCUCAUGGUAACAUGUACGGUGUACGCUGUGAAGAGUCGCGGCGUUCCAGAGACGUUCAACGAAGCAAAACCAAUUGGCUUCACUAUGUACACAACCUGCAUCGUCUGGCUCGCAUUCGUACCCAUCUUCUUUGGUACCGCACAGUCCACCGAGAAGAUGUUCAUCCAGACAGCCACUCUGACCGUCUCCAUGUCUCUCAGUGCGUCCGUCUCUCUCGGGAUGCUCUACAUGCCCAAAGUUUACGUCAUCAUUUUCCAUCCCGAGCAAAACGUCCAGAAGAGGAAGAGAAGCUUCAAGGCUGUUGUCCAGGCUGCCAGAUUGUCUCAAAAAUCUACAAGUGACAAACAGAAUGGAGAGACAAAGAUCGAACCUGACAGAACGCAGUAAUGCUGCAGUAAUACUACAAACUAAAGGUAGCUGUGGACCAAUCCCCAUGCAGAGCCUGAUGACAUCAUCAUGAAGAUCACAUGGUCUCUCUCACACACACACACACACUCAGAACAACAAU